AUGGACGGGAUAGCGUUUCUAACAGUACUCUCAGGAGCAAUGUUCCUUGGUAGUUAUAUAGCUGGAUCAAUACCUUUACUCUUCCCUAUGUCUGAGUCUCGUCUGCGUAUAGUUAGCAUCUUUGGGGCAGGGUUGCUAAUUGGAACUGCAUUAGCCGUCAUAUUACCUGAAGGUGUUGAAGCAUUGUACAAUUCUCAACAAAGCGCACACCAUCAUGAUUUGUCAUCUUUGCAUAAUGAAAUGGAUGCCAACUCAAUACUAAAAGCCUCUGAGAGUAAGAGCGCUAUUGAACUUCCUCGAGUUGCUCCACCUGAUCCAAACAUCCAAGAUCGCAAAAACAAGAGAAAUAUCCUGGAGACCGUUAUAGAAACCCACAUUGAGUCGGAUGAAACUGUUAGGGUGAAACGUAGUUCGGACGAGCAUGAAUCUCAUUCGCAUGGAAACACUGCAAACAUACAUAAAGAGAUCGGAUAUUCUCUGGUUAUUGGGUUCAUUUUCAUGCUCUUAGUUGACCAAAUAAGUAGUUGUGCUAUAUCAAGAGAUGAUAGGAAUGGGAGGAACAGAAUGGGUAUAUCAGCAACUAUCGGUUUAGUAGUACAUGCAGCAGCUGAUGGCAUUGCAUUAGGAAGUGCAUCCACCAUAAAUAAAGCCGAUGUUCAGCUUAUUGUGUUCAUCGCUAUUAUGUUGCACAAAGGACCUGCUGCGUUCGGUCUUGUGUCGUUUCUAUUGGUUGAAAAGAUUGACAUUCGGAACAUUCGCAAGCACUUGUUGGUGUUCUCUCUAGCUGCACCAUUCGGAGCAUUUUUCACAUAUCUAAUCAUCCAACAUAGUGGAGAUAGCUUGGCAAGUGAGUCUAGCACAGGGAUGCUUAUGCUUUUCUCCGCUGGAACAUUCUUGUAUGUAGCAACGGUACAUGUUCUGCCUGAAUUAGCCAACCAAUCAAAGCAUUCGGAAGACAGCUUUGCUUAUAAUAAGUUAGUUGAUGUUCAAUCGCCUGCCUCAGCCGGUCACAGUCAUGCAGGUGGAACCACAUUUACAAUGAAAGAACUAGGAGCUAUCAUCGCUGGUGCGAUAGUUCCUGCUUUUUUGGCUUCAGGACAUUCGCACUAG